ACACACACACACACACACACACACACACACACACACACACACACACACACAAAGAGAGAGAGAAAGAGAGAGAGGGAUUGAGAGCGAGAUCAUGUUCAUGUGUCAACUAGCAACCGCAGUCACUACCCAGUGUCAUUUAUCACCCUCCUGUCCUCCUCCAGCUUCUCUCCUCACACACACCACUUUCACCCAGCAUGGCCAAGCUGCUACCUCUGCACCCUGGCCUGGGACAACUGGUCAUUGGCCCCCGGCCCCACACAGCUCUGGGCACUACCACACACUUCUUCGCAAGGAGACAGAUAGGUGGAGGACACCCGCAGACAUGGGUCCACACGGACAGAACCCAUCCAGGGGGGCGACCAACCCUGGAGCAGGUGGAGCCUCUGAUCCACAGCAGACUGGCAAACAUCAAGUUGGCCUUCGUGGCAGCGGACCCUGAUGGUACGGGGCUGGUGAGCAGGGAGGAGUUCCGACGAGUCCUGAGGGGCCUGCUGUCUCUCAGCCAGAACCAGCUCGACGUUGUCCUCAACGAGGUGUGUGAGAGAGGCGGUGAAACCGUGGACUACACACGGUUUCUUAGGCGGUUCAGUCGAGCUCCUGCUAUCCACAGAGCCUGCAGCAGCGUGAGGCGGGGUCCACAGAACACCUCCAUGUCCCUGUCUGAGAUACAGAAGCAUCUCAAAGAUAAGAUCGGAGGCAACCUGAGGGCCAUGAUCAGAGUGUUCAACCUGUUUGACUACAACAGAGAAGGACACAUCCAGCAGCACGAGUUUCGCCGUAUCCUGGACAACUAUUGCAUCCACCUGACAGACAAGGAGUUUCAAAGGCUGUGGAAUCACUACAGUCCCAUCAACAGCUCCACUAUUUCCUACGAAUUGUUCCUGGACAAGCUAGGCUUUGAUGACAGCCAAAACUUCAAGAUUGCUCCAGUCUGCACUAAGCUGGAAAUGUGCUGCCGAGGCACAACGCCACCUGAGAAAGUUAAACGGAGGAAGCAGAGAACAGAAUCUUGUUCCAGUCUACAUGAUGCUCCAUCGGUCCUACAUCCUGGGGAGUUGCAGAUUCUCUUCUACAACAAGAUGUGUGUGAACUCUACCCCGGUGUGGCAAGCGCUGCAGGCCUUUGACACCACCAACUCUGGCCUGGUAAAACAGGAUGUCCUCAGGGCCAUUCUCAGCAGCUUCAUAUUUCCCAUGAACCCUCACACCUUCCAGAAGCUGACCAACCAUUAUGGUGUGAGGGAAACAGGGCCAGUGAGGUGGAAACACUUCUUGGGCCACUUCAAGAGCCUGGUCAAAGAUGAGGGGGACACGAAUCUUCAGACCAACAGGGCUUUGGAGAAGCCUGUCCUAGAAGAAGACAACUUGGAUGUCCAGGACGUUCACCCUCGACUGAAAGAGAUUUCCCACUUGCUGGACACGAAGGAGGCAGGUUGGAUCAACAGAGCAGACCUGCAACAUUUACUGGAGAGAGCAGGUGGGACCCAGGCCCAUACCCACUCCCAGAUCACAGAGCUGCUCAACACACUGGACCCAGAACACACCGGGGUCAUCCAGCUGGCCAGCCUGGAGAAGCUCAACCCUAGCAUCACCUCUGCUCCACCACCACCACCCUCCCCUGCAAACACCGCUGAGACCCUGGGUGUCCCUGAGGUAACUGAACACACUACUCAUUUAACCUUUUGUGAAGUGGACAAGACGUGUGAGCUGCCCAGGUCAGUGCUGGCAGCUCUGAAGCUGUGUGAUCCUCAGCACACUGGAUACGUCACCCAGGAAGAACUGAAGAAGGUCCUCAGCCGCCACAGCAUGCCCUUAUCAGACACACACUUCAACAAGCUCCGUGAGACCUCCAAGUCAGUCAGGGGACAGUGGUCUCCCUCCUGCCCUAAAGUCAGUGCAGACUCCUGCAACAUCGUGGACAUUGUUUUCCAGAAGAUGAGAGUAAGAUUAGAGCAACGCCAAAGCAGCCUGUCAGACCGCAUCCAGGCCAUCACCCACAGCUCUGAUGGGACGCUGUCCGAGACAGAUGUCCAGAAGAUACUAGAGGACAGCUGGAUCAUCUUGGAUGAAAAGACUUUCCACAAGUUCACUGAACAGCUGGGCUUCAGGGACGGAAAACUCGAGAGCUCGUUGUUCCUGGUGAAGUACGAGGAGGCCACAGCCAACGACAGGCAGCAGCGCUUUGGGGUACAUGGUGAGGAAGAUGAGGUUGUCCCUUUGCUUACUUCAGCUGAGGAGUGCCUGGCUGCCAUGAAGACCAGCAUCAAGAUCAUCCAUGGGGACUACCUGACAGCGUUCCGACUGAUGGAUAGGAAACGUAAAGGCGUGGUCGACAGCAGUGAUUUCAAAAGGGUGUCCAGCAGCUUGGGAUUUUUCUGCACGGAGGCAGAGUAUCAGCGGCUGCUUGAUCUGAUGGGCCUGCAUCCCGGAGGCAACCUUAACUACGCAGAAUUUGUCCAUGUUGUUGAAAACAAUGCCAAACGCAAACAAGGGAAACAAACAGCGUGUGUACAAAAGCAGCUCCAUGAACUCCUGGCCUGUGACGCUCGCUACAAGUGGGCAGACAUGUCCAAGGUGCUGUGCCAGUUUGACAAAGACGGCCAGGGUUUGAUCCAUAAAAAGAGCUUGAGGAGACUCCUCUUCACCUAUGCUCUCCCCAUGGGGUCUGAAGAGUUCGACCAGCUCUGGUCGAGGUAUGACCCAGAGUGCCGGGGCUGUGUGGCAGUUUGUGACUUCCUGGAAAAGCUGGGGUUUCAUCAUGAAGGGGAUCACGGGCCUCGGAGCCAGAAGCUCAACCAAGCUGGGUCCCAGGAGGACACUGUCAGACCAGUGUCCUCUGACGCUGCAUCACUCCAAUGCAUUGAACAGAUUGUGCAGGAGAACUACAAGGGGUUGAGCGACUCCCUGACUCACCUGGAAACGAUUAGAGAUGGCACAGUGACAGUGGAGGAGCUGCUGCGCCUGCUACAAACCUACAGCUACUCUGUCCGGAGAGAGCAGCUUAUAAAUUACCUGCGCAGGCUUGAGGUUCCCAUGGAUGAUUAUGGUGAGAGGCUAUCUUACAUGGACUUCCUGUCUAAGUUUGACCCUAAAGCAGAGAAGAGGUCUAAGCGUCCUCCUUCUUCUCCUGAUGUUGCAUGCCAGAUAGAGUCUUUGGACAGCCUCAGUCCAGGCCUGAUUCUGACUAGGAUGCAAGAACUAGUAACUGCGUCAGCACCUAAUCUGUAUAAGGCAUUCUUGGCCUUUGACCAGAGUGGGACAGGGACAGUCAAAGCUCUGGAAUUUCGCCAGGUGCUGGAGAACUUUUGUGCCCAUCUGUCAGACAAACAGCACAGAUACAUCCUGACCAAACUGCAGCUGGACCAAGAGAACUGCACUGUUAACUGGAAGGAUUUUCUCAACAAGUUCCAGUCACAGAGCCCACUGACGUCAAAGAGGUCUCUGAGUAAGACCUGGGAAAAAGGGACUAAAACCGAUUGCUUGCCUAUCCAGACCGAGACCUCUGAAGACACAGAUUCUCUGCAGCAGAUCCAGGAAGUCGUCUCCGGUGACUUGUAUGAAAUCACCAAAGAGCUCAUAGAUCUUGACUCCUCCAACAGCACUACAAUCUCUAAAGGGCAGUUCAGACAGCUGUGUGAUCACCACUGCCUGAGACUCACAAAGGAUCAGUUUGAGUGUGUGUGGAGUCAGAUGCCUGUGAAUGAGCAGAAGAAGCUGCAGUACAGAGAGUUUCUGGAGCGCUUUGGUGCGCCGAGAGGGGCAGAAGCAGGGGGUCCCACCGUCAGUGUCCCAUCUCUGUCCUAUGAGCCCAGACAAACAGCCUCAGCGACAACAUUUCGCCCAGAGACUGUAGGUGCCAUUCUGCAACGCACUAAGUCUGCCCCCCAGUGCACCUCCAGGGGUCCUGCCUCAGUGGGGAGGCCGGGAACAGUAAGCCCGUUGGGCAGCGCAGAGAGAAGGCUGCGUGGGGCCGUGCAGCGCUGUUGGAGAGAGAUCCAGAAGAACUGUGCAAAGGAAGAUCCUCAGCAAGAGGGACACAUAAGCACUACCUCCUUCCUGGAGAUCCUCCAAUGCCUCGGCAUCAGUAUGACUCAGGAGCAAAUUGAGCAUCUGGCUGUGAAGUUUGACAUCAGCAAUAAUGGCUGCGUUUCUUAUCACAACUUCCUUCGUCACUUCCUAUUGAACCUAAAACCAGCAGAGACCAAGGCGGCACAUGAACGACGUAGACUCCCUCUUCCUAUAACACCGGUGAGCCACGGUGUUCUAAGCAAAGAUGGCGUGGAGGUCAUGCUGAGGAUGCACGGUGUGGUUCACUCCUCCUGGACCUCCAUCAGACGCUGUUUCCUGACGUGCGACCGCAGCCGCACAGGAAGUGUCUCGGUGCAGGACUUUAGGAAGGUGCUGCGCCACUUCAGCGUCAGGCUGUCAGAGGAGGAGUUCUUCCACCUCAGCUCUUAUUUUGAUGCCAACACCACAGGAAGGAUCUGCUACAAUGACUUCCUGUGGGCCUUUCUUCGCUGACCUUCAUUCAGAUGCCUACUGCUGCUUUGAUACAUUGUGGUAAUUUGGUUAAUUGCAAUUUGUUAUGCGGGGAUUAUGCACUGUAGAAAGCAAAAUAUAACCUGAAAUGGUAAGCAGAUCACUCUGCAUUUGAUCCUAAAUCCCCUGAAAAUGCAUUUCUCUGUAACAAUAAAUAUUGACACUAAACA